CGGCUCCAGCUGGCGGCUUUUUGACGCAGUGUUUCGCUUUGAGCAGCUGGGCAGCGCCUCUCCACCGCCACAUGAGCCGACCGGACACCUCACCGACAUUCCACCGCAGCAAGGCGGCCAGCAGCUAGCUCAGUUCCCCGGCGAGCCGGCUGGCAGGCGGGCAGGCUAGCAGCGAGUUAGCCGCUUAGCUGGCUCCAGCGGCUACAUCAGAUCGGAUGGCGUCUCCCUUCAAGAUCCCCAAGAAGAAGAAUCAGGUGGCCGGCUGUGACUCCGCCCACCAGUCCCCGCUGUCCCGCCUCCAGAGCCCCGCCCCUCCAGUUAAGGGCUACGGGGAUCGGUCCGGCAGAGGCGGCGCCGACAAGAGGCAUGCUGGGAGUGCUGUGGGCGACUCCACAGACAGACAGAGCCCCUGUAGGCCGCUGUUCCAGAACGUGGUGAAGACGCUGCUGGGACUCAAGGCCUCAGCGGCCAAUCACAGGCCACCAGGGAGCCGCGGCGGCCAAUCGCAGCAGAGACAGACGGCCGAGUCGUCGACCUGUUUGUCCAACAGAUGGCGCCCAAAGAGAGCGUCUGACCGCCUGCUGCAGCCGGACGCCGCCUCAGCUCACCUGUCUCCACCACAGAAGAAGAGAAGCGUGCAGUCUUCAGGGCCUCGGCCUCCCAGAGUCUCGGUGCCGCCGGGAGACGCUCUGGACUCGCUGGCCGAGCUGCGGGCCGAGGUGCAUGCUGGGAGUCUGAGUCCUUCACCGCCAGGACGCAACAGAUGGAGGACGGCCAAGUGGAGCGGAGACGCCGCUGACGCCAAGGAACAGGACAAGAGCUCGUCUGCUAAAUCUUCAGAUGUCCGCAGACCCUCGGCCUCCUCGCCGAGGACGACGGCCGACAGGAGGCGGAGCCUGGACAGAAGGCGGAGCCUGGACAGGACGCCGUCGCUCGCCGCCGGUGUCGGCAUGAAGGAUGACGUGAGGGAGAAGGAGAGGCAGAGGUGGAUUCAGUUCAGACAGAACAACAACCGAUCGACCGUCCUGCGCCUGAGACUGAAACCGAAACCAAGUCGGACUCCACGAGACCCGAGUCAGACGGAACCCAUUGUUCUGUCCAGUGAAGAGGAGGACGAAGACGAAACGGCGAGAACGUUACGAAGCAGCAGCCGAGUGGACGAACCCUGCAGCGCAAGACCAGAGCAGGCUUCCACACAGGUGAGCUCGCCUGAGGCCCCGCCCUCCUUCCUACAGCUGCAGUUUGCUUCGCUUCACGCCGGCCUGACGAACGCCGACGCCAACGGCUCGCUGACGGUGACGGAACACGGCAUCACGAUUCCUGUCAAAGGGCUGGAGGAGGCCGAGGUCACCGUGGUGGCGUCUCAGGUUCGCGGUUACGGCGUCUGGGAUGGGGGCGUGGCUCGGGGCGGGGAUCUGCUGGCGUCCUGGGAAGGCCCCGCCCCCUCGCUGCUCUUCCUGUGGGUGACGGACGCUCAGGCCAACCUGCUGCAGACGGAGCUGUCGGCCAUCCGGACCUCCUCCGGUCCUCCCUGUUCCUUUGUUCUGCUGGUGUUAAAGGAGCAGCUGCAGGAGCUUCAUGCUGCCCUUCUGGCCUCCAUUCUGGACAUGGACCAGUACCAGCAGGGCCGGUCCUGUGGUUCUGGUCCAGCGUCUCCUCUGGACUGGGCCGACGGACUGCUGCUCCUGCACAGCUGCCCUCCUCCUCUGGACCAGCACCUCCUCAGACUGCUGGGACACUCCUCGAAGUCCAACCAGCUGAGCUGCAGCCUCAGAAACAGGACCAGCAGGACGUCUGCCGAGCUGCCCACCAGGCUUAUUUCCUUUCCUUCUCCUCCUCCUUCGGUCAGACUGUAGUUGCCGUCGGUCACCAGCGGGUGUCGCUGUGCUUCCUGUUUCAGGUUCCUCCUGUUGGAGGGCGUCGGCGGUCCGGUUUCUGAUCGCAGUCACGUCUUCAGCAGCUUCUUCUUCCGCCAGCUGAGCCGCCGGCGGGCCGCCGGCGAGGACGCCGCCUCAUCCGUCCCAGACCGCCAGGUGAGGCAUCAGCGGGUCAAGACCUGGACGCGUCACGUCGACAUCUUCACCAAAGACUUCCUGUUUGUGCCUGUCAAUCAAGAAGCCCACUGGUUCCUGGUCGUGGUGUGUUUUCCUGGACUGCAGGAGAAUCGAUACGAGAAGUUUCAGCGGCAACCAGGUGGGUCAGAGUCCAGUCUCAGAGGGAACCAGGCUCCGGGCUGCAGCCUGCAGGGCUGGCAGAAGGACUCGGUGCUGAAGAGGCCGUGUAUCCUGGUCAUGGACUCGCUGAAGCUGUCGAGUCAUGAACACGUGUGUCGACUCGUCAGAGACUACCUGCAGGUGGAGUGGGAGGUCCGCCAGGCGGCGCCGCGGCUCUUCAGCGCCGACAGCAUGCGGAGCUGCAGCUGCAGAGUCCCUCAGCAGGACAACAGCAGCGACUGUGGGCUCUACCUGCUGCAGUACGUGGAGAGCUUCCUGCAGAACCCCGUGGUGCACUUCGACCUCCCGCUGCGAUUGGACGGCUGGUUUCCGCGGCAGCGAGUGCGACAGAAGCGCGAAGAGAUCCGGAGUCUGAUCAUGAAGCUGCACCGGGACCAACUGGGCCGGGCCGGACCUAAGCCGGCGCCGAGCCGAUGAACUAAUCCGAUUGGUUGAGAGUCGACCUGAAUGUAAAGUUUGUACUCGUCAGCCUCACUGACGCUUCCUGUUUUAUAAAAUAAAAGUAUUUAUUUUACCGCCCA